UCUCCUCUCUCUCUCUCUCUCCUUAUUUUUUGAUAAUUGAUUUCUCUCACACACUCUCUUUUAUUUUAUUUUUCCCCCUAAAUUUAUUACAUUUGUCCACGAUUUGUGAUGAGUUAGAUUAUGAGUUCAAGGUUUUCUCUUGCAGUAUGGUUUGUGGGUUUUUUGUUCUCUUCUUCUAGACAGCGUCCGAAGCCAUUCGUCCCUGCAUGGACACUCAAAUCUCUCUCUCCAGCUGAUUAGUGAUUAUUGAAUGGUUGCUAAAAGAAUGGGAUCCCAAGGGGUUGUUGUUGGUGUUGGUGUUGGUGGUAAUAGCAUUGAUGGGAUCCAAAACCAAGCCCGGCCCGAAACCCACGACCCGUUAUCGAACCUAUUAUCGAGACAAGGGUCAUUCUACAACCUCACUCUUGAUGAGGUGCAGAGCCAUUUAGGUGACAUAGGUAAGCCUCUAAGCAGCAUGAAUCUCGAUGAGCUUCUCAAAACUGUCUGGACAGCCGAAUCGAAUAAUAAUAACAAUCAAACGACGGGGGGUGUUGAUGACGUGGCGCCGCUGAGUCAGCACUCGAACCUCAUGCUGUCCGAUGACCUCAGCAAGAAGACGGUCGACGAGGUGUGGCAGGACAUCCAGCACGGCCAAGAGAGGAGCAGCCUCGACCGGAAGGGGACACUUGGCGAGAUGACGUUGGAGGAUUUCUUGGUCAAGGCCGGUAUUGUCGCUGAGUCAGCCUCGGGCCGGAGGAAAACGGGUGCGGGCUCGGGUCACGGGGCGGCGGCGGCCCAGUGGAUGAACUAUCAGAUCCCUUCGUUGCAGCAGCAGCAGCAGCAGCAAAAUAGUAUGAUGCCUGUUUUCAUGCCAGGUCAUCAUCCGAUUUCUCUCGGUGGAGGAAAUUCGGUCAUGGAUGUUUCGUCGCCUUUGAUGGGGACUUUAUCGGACACUCAGACACCUGGCAGGAAAAGGGUCGCUCCCGAUGAAAUAGCUGAGAAGUGCGUCGAGAGGAGGCAGAAAAGAAUGAUCAAGAAUAGGGAAUCUGCCGCCAGAUCACGAGCCAGAAAGCAGGCGUAUACGCAUGAGCUCGAGAAUAAGGUUUCUCGUUUGGAGGAAGAGAACGAAAGGCUCAAAAGACAGCAGGAACUGGAGAAGAUGUUGCCUAGCAUACCACCGCCGGAGCCAAAGUAUCAACUGCGCAGAACUAGCUCGGCCCCAACUUGAGAGAGAGGAGAGAGAGACAAUCUUGUAGAUUUAUCGCCUGAGUUUGCUCUUUCGUUUUUAACUUUUUUCGUUAGGCAGUGGUAGUUUCUUUAAUUUCCAUCUUUACUUGUAGGGGGGUUGUUGCCCCCGUUUUUCUUUAGUGUUGUACAACCGUCGUGUAUGUACAUUCCUAUAGAUGUUUAACUACAACUUGGAACUAAUUUUAUGGUCAUUUUGAUCAUAUUUUGCAAUGAAAUUUUGCUUCUUCAU